AGACGGUAACCCUACCGCGUCUACGAAUUGUUUCUGAAAAGGUCGUCGAUGACUUUGCGAUUAUACAAAAUUACAAAGAAACUGUAGCUGUUGUUGUGUCAUUUUACAUACGUUUUUAAAUAGUAAACAUAUACAUAAUGGCCGGUGCGAUGUUAUUUGAGAGAUCACGAGUCUCAUCGUCGAACAGAGACGAAGACGUCCGUAUGACUGACAAAAUGAUAAGCACAGGAGAGCUGCCUGAAGAUGACGAGGAAAACAUCAGAGCGAAAGAACAAGGCAUAUUAAACCUCGGCGAGAAGUACAAGAAAGAAGGUAAAGCCAAGGAACUUGCAGAAUUGAUUAAAGCCACCAGACCGUUUCUUAGUUUGAUAAGUAAGGCUAAGGCAGCAAAACUAGUGCGCUCACUCGUAGAUUUCUUUUUGGACUUGGAAGCUGGAAUAGGGAUCGAGGUUCAAUUGUGUAAAGAGUGUAUAGAAUGGGCAAAGGAAGAACGUCGUACUUUCCUGCGACAAUCCCUGGAGGCGAGACUAAUCGCUCUGUAUUUCGAUACUGGUAUGUACACAGAAGCUCUAGAUUUAGCUACAGCACUAUUGAAAGAGUUAAAGAAGUUAGAUGAUAAAAAUUUGCUAGUUGAAGUACUUCUUUUUGAGAGUAAAACUUAUCAUGCUCUUAGUAAUUUACCGAAAGCCCGAGCCUCACUGACUUCUGCUAGAACUACGGCAAAUGCGAUUUAUUGCCCUCCAAAAAUGCAAGCAGCUCUCGAUUUACAAUCUGGUAUUCUUCACGCUGCCGAUGAGAGAGACUUUAAAACUGCUUACUCAUACUUUUAUGAAGCUUUCGAGGGCUAUGAUGGAGCAGACAGUCCUAAGGCUUUAACCGCUUUGAAAUAUAUGUUGUUAUCUAAAAUCAUGCUCAACCAGGCUGAGGAAGUAGCUACUGUUUGUAGUAGUAAAGCAGCCCUUAAAUAUGCUGGAAAAGAACUAGAAGCCAUGAGAGCAGUAGCGACUGCGUCACACAAGAGAUCUCUUGCUGAUUUUCAAGCUGCUUUGAAAACGUAUAAGCCAGAGCUAGAAGAAGAUGCAGUUGUUCGUGCACAUCUCGGAGCUUUGUACGACACAAUGCUGGAACAAAAUUUGUGUCGCAUUGUCGAGCCUUAUAUGAGAGUUCAAGUGGACCACGUAGCGAAAUGUAUCCGUCUGCCAGUUGUACAAGUAGAGAAGAAAUUGUCUCAGAUGAUCCUUGAUAAAAAACUUAAUGGCAUCCUCGACCAAGGAGAAGGUGUGUUAAUUGUUUUUGAUGAGUCACCUCUGGAAAAGACAUACGAGACAGUUUUAGAAACCAUCCACCACAUGAGUAAAGUUGUUGACACUCUUUACCAGAAAGCUAAGAAACUUUCAUAGGCUCAUGUAAAUUUGUUGUAGCAUUAAAAAUAUAAAAUAUAUAUCAAAUAACCUUUAAAUUUUCAGUUCAAAUAAUUGUAAAUUAAUGCUAUUUUUUAAAAUGCUGAAUUUCAUUAACAAAAUAAUUAUCAUAUUAAAGCUAUAAGUGAGUUGUUAUACAGAGAAUAUACCCAUUUUCCUUUUCUACUAAAUCUCUAGAUGUUACUCUGUUCAGAUAUGUAAUACAUUUGAACUUUUCUUUCGUUAUUUUUAACUUAAGCUAGUGACAAAUUGUAAUUUUCUGGUUUUUUUUUGAGAAUAAAAUCUGUUCUCUAAUCUAAA